CUUCGGCGCGCGUGAGCACCCAUAGCUCUUCAGAGCUCCCUUCACGAUGUCUGCACCCUCGGAACGGGAUCCGUUACUGUCAAGCGCGUCGUCCUCGACGAUCCGCAGAGAUGAAGAUGUUUCCGACUCUGGCUCCUCACAUUCAAGGAGUCUGAAAGCUAAGGCCAAAGGAGUAGGGCCGCUGGAGAUCACCCGUUCGACCCGGUAUGGGAUCCUCGCAGGCAUUUGGGUCGCUACCUUUCUUUCAGCAGUGAACACGACACUUGUGGCUACAUUGAUCCCUUCCAUCUCCUCCGAGUUCCAAAAGUCCAACCAGGCCAGUUGGCUCGGCACAGCUUAUCUCCUCGCCACCUGCACGUUUACGCCUCUAUAUGGGCGACUAUGUAACGUCCUGGGGCGCAGAGGGGCAAACCAGUGCGCCGUCAUCUUUGCGGGGCUCGGGACGCUGGCUUGCGGAUUGUCCCGGAAUAUGGAAACACUCAUACUCGCACGAUUCCUAUGUGGGAUUGGAGGAGGAGGCGUGUUUGUGACCGCAAGCAUUAUCACGAGCGAUAUGUACUCCUUACGAGAACGUGGACUGUCCCAAGGGAUCAUGAACAUCUUCAACGGGCUCGGAAUGGGCCUCGGAGGUCCCAUCGGCGGGCUGCUGACCGACUGGUUUGGGUGGCGCUGGGCUUUCCUAACCCAGGCGCCUCUUUUCCUCGUCUCCAUCUUGCUGACAUCUUGGAACCUGCGAUAUGUCACGCCCGGAAAGGGGCAAACCACAAAAGAGAUCCUCAAGCGCAUCGAUUACGCCGGUAGUCUCGUGUUGAUGGGUGCCGUCCUUUCAGUGUUGAUAUUCCUCUCAAAUCGCUUCAAUUUGGAGUAUUCGUGGACAAGCGUAGGCGUCAUCGUUCCCCUCGUCCUCGGAUUCGUCCUGGCGCUCCUUUUUGUCUACAUCGAACUCCGGUGGGCGGUCGAGCCGGUGAUGGCGCCGUGGCUGCUACGACACAAGAUCACUAUGCUGGUCUCGGCCAGCAACUUUCUCGUGGCCAAUUGCAACUUUGCGAUCCAGUUCUUCUUCCCGAUGUGGUUCCAGACGGUUCUUCUCAGGAGCGCGUCAAACGCCGGUCUGCAUAUGACGCCGAACAGCAUAUCCAUGUCAACAGGUUCUCUGUUUGCUGGCUGGAUGCUUCACCGAACGGGGAAGUACAAGCUUCUCAGCACGAUUUGCGGAAUCUUUCCCUUCAUCGCCUGCCUUCUCAUCACGCAAAUAAGAGAAGACUCGGGAUUUGUGCAAGAAUGGUUAAGCAUCAUCCCUAUGGGCUUUGGAAACGCAGUGGUACUGCAGACUAUGCUGAGUGCCAUGCUAGCUCACUUGCCUGAGAAUGCUGUCGCUGUAGGCACCGGAUUCGGAACCUUGUUCCGAGGAAUCGGUCAAGUGGGCGGUGUCGCAAUUUCGUCCGCAUUAUUCCAAUCGAGGCUCGACAAGGAGCUCCGCCGUCGUAUUCACGGACCUGAUGCACAUCGCAUCAUCACGUCCAUCAGGCAUUCUGCACAGCUGGUUCACCAUCUGCCUCCAGAGCUGCAACGCAAAGCUCGCGAUUCGUACGCGAUCGCGAUCAAAGCGGUGUUCACCUUCGCCGCGGUCGCGACCGGGCUCGCCUUCCUCGUCCGAUUGGCGGUGCCCGAGAAGGAGUUGGAUCACGCGCCGGGGAAGAAGGUGCAGGACGACGAGGAACGCGGAGAGGGGAUAGUGGAGAGGUUGGAAGAGGAGCAAGAAGGAGAUAAUGACCUUGCUGGGCCAGGGAUACGUCCACCUGACGGUGCCACCUUGCGAUAG